AUGAUUUUAAGAAUUUCUGAAGUUCUUCUAUUCGUUCUUGGGUUUUCUAAUGCUCAAGUUGCACCUCGACACUCACGGAUUGAUUGUCUUCCAAUACCAAAUGCAAGUAAAGAAAAAUGUGUUGAAUUAGGUUGUUGGUGGGACGAUGAUUAUGAGCAGACUGAUCCAACGGUCCCUCUGUGCUACUACCCAGUGGAUAAAGGCGGAUACGAUGUACAAAAUUUUGGCAAAAUACUCACCUUGCAGAAGCGUAGUGAUGGACCAAAGAACCCAUUUGGAGACGAUAUUUCGCCCAUCUAUUUCUCAACAUCUAUGCUCGGCUCUACACUCAAUGUUAAAAUUGGACCAACUAAUAGGUACGAAAUUCCAAUUCGGAUCCCAAAAGAAAAAUCAACGUCAACUGACAGUCUUUAUUACGAACUGGCAUCAUCUGCACCGUUUUACUUUCGCAUUAAAAGAAAAUCAACUCAAAUGAUCAUCUGGGACACAUCCAUCGGUGGACUUGUUUUCUCGGAUAAAUACAUACAGAUUGCGACGUAUCUACCGAGUGCUACAAUAUACGGAUUUGGAGAAAAUAUUCAUGAGAAUAUUAAGCACGACCUUUCAAAGUACACAACAUGGGCAAUGCUUGCUAGAGAUGAAGCUCCAAAUUCAAAAGGUCAUGACAAAAAAAAUCUUUAUGGUGUUCAUCCAUUUUACAUUUGCUUGGAGAGUGAUGGGAAUGCUCAUGGAGUACUAAUCUGGAACAGCAAUCCUCAGGAAGUGACAACGGGACCAAAUCCUCAUUUAGUCUACCGUACGAUCGGUGGCUUACUAGACAUGUACUUCUUCCCAGGACCAACUCCAGAGGACGUCGUGAAGCAAUACUUGGCUUUAAUUGGACGCCCAAUGCUACCUGCUUACUUUGCGCUUGGUUUUCAACUUUCUCGUUGGGGCUACAAGGAUCUGGACGAAAUGAAAGCUGCAGUAACACGAGUGCAAAAAAGUGGGAUUCCUUUAGACAUUCCGUAUGCUGACAUCGACUACAUGAAUCGCUCUAAGGACUUCACUACUGGCGAUGCUUGGUCAGGUUUUAGUAAUUAUGCGAAGAAACUGCACGAAGAUGGUCUUCACCUAUUCCUCAUCUUUGAUCCUGGCGUGCAAGUCAACUACCCGCCUUAUCAACGAGCUGUUGAGAUGGGAGCGAAAUUUAUAGAAUGGGAGCGAACCGACCAAGUACCGGGCGAUGUUAAUGGUCUUUAUGAGCUUACCAAAAAUAGUAAAGUUAUGCUUGGUGUUGUCUGGCCUGAUGGACACACUGCUUUUCCAGACUUUCUUGAUAAAACUAACAAAACUCUUGCCUGGUGGGUAAACGAGUUCAAACUGUAUCAUAAUCAGGUUCCUUUUGACGGAAUUUGGAUUGAUAUGAACGAACCUUCGAGUUGGGGCACUAACAUUGAACAUCCAUGGUACUUUAACGAUGCAGAUCAUCCUAAUAUAAAACCAUUGUUUUGUCCUUUGACUGGCGAAGAUUCCAAGUACGAUGUCCCACCAUUUCAAACUCAAGCAGCCUAUCUUUUUGGUGGGAGUUCGUAUCUUUCGACUAACACACUUUGCAUGUCAGCUUUGACUGCUGGAGGCCAACACCGGUUUUAUGACACCAAAAAUUUAUAUGCACUAUCAGAGGCAAUAGCAACUCAGUCUGCUCUUUUUGAGUCUACGGGGAAAAGGGGAGCUAUUAUAUCUAGAUCAAGUUUUCCGUCGCUUGGGCAUUACUCUGGUCACUGGUUGGGAGAUAACACAGCUCGAUGGGAAGAUUUGCAAACCUCUGUAAUUGGAGCUCAAGAGUUUAAUAUUUUUGGAAUUCCAUACGUUGGCUCUGAUAUAUGUGGAUUUUAUGGUAAUACCAAUGAAGAACUCUGUCUACGAUGGCAACAAAUGGGUGCCUUCCAUUCAUUUUCAAGAAACCAUAAUGCGAAAGGAGCUGUUCCGCAAGAUCCCGGUCUAUGGCCAAGUGUUGCUGCUGCAUCUCGUACUGCUCUUUUGUUUAGAUAUAAAUAUCUUCCAUAUUUGUACAGCUUGCACUUUGAGGCUUCUCUGGCUGGUGGUACUGUAAUCAGACCAUUAUUCUUUGAGUUCCCCAGAGACUCAGAUACAUUUGACCUCGGGCAUCAGUUUCUGUGGGGGUCUGCGAUGAUGGUUAUUCCGGUCCUCGAACAAAGUGUUUCGAUCGUGACCGGUUACUUACCGGAAGCUCAGUGGUAUUCACUGCGAGAAGGAGAGUUUGGUAAGGUAUACAAGCCUGGUUACAACAGGUUCAGUGCAAAAACUACGGAACUGAUACCUGUUCUCGCAAGAGGCGGAGUUAUUAUUCCUCGUCAGCAGCCAAAUACGACAACAACGGCGUCUCGCAAAAACCCAUUUGAAUUACUUAUUGCAGUCGAUUACGAUGUGAAAACUGGCACGCCGAAAAAAUCUACCGGAAAACUUUAUUACGAUGAUGGUGAAUCCAUUGUUUAUAGCUUCGACAAUUACAAUUAUUAUCUGUGGGAGUUUCUGUUUUUAGUUACUUCAACAGAAGUGACUUUAACAAUUACUCCAGCUAGAACGGGAAGCAACUUAUCGGUGCCAUAUUUGGAGACCGUUGAAUUGGUUGGCUACAAGUAUAAAAUGAGUGGAAAUUCAGUAAAAAUUAAUGGUAAAGCCACAGCAGUAACUGUUGUAAGUGGCAGGGAUGACGUCUUAAAGAUGACUGCUUCUAAGAUGGUAAACUUGAGUGCAGGGAAAGCUGUAACCAUUUCUUGGAGUCACAGCGCUAAAUAA